GCGCUCCGCUCGGCGCCACAGGCUCGCCCCGCGCGCCGAGGACCCGCGGGGGUCUGGAGCCGGCAGCCCGCACAUCCGCGGAGGCUAGAGAUCGGAGGAAGCCGGGGCCGGCGGUGAGCGCGCCUCGAGCGCUCCGGGGAGGCGCGGGCCGGGUAGGGAGCUCCCCGGCUGGACGGCGCGCCCGGUCGCAGUGUUGCGCCCUCCCCGCCGGCUCCCUCCGCUAGGUCCGCGCUGGAGCCGCGCCCACCAUGCGCCUCAACGGGUCGGCGCCGGGUCCCCGGGGCGCGCCGGGCGCCAAAGCCUUCCCGCUGCCGCCCUCGGGGCUGGAGGCGGCGUUCCUGGUGCCCGACUUCGGGAACGGCACGGGCAACGAGUCCGAGCGCCUGCGAGCGGCGCCCAGCAGCGACCUGGACGUGAACACGGACAUCUACUCCAAGGUGCUGGUGACGGCGGUGUACCUGGCGCUCUUCGUGGUGGGCACGGUGGGCAACUCGGUGACGGCGUUCACGCUGGGCCGCAAGAAGUCGCUGCAGAGCCUGCAGAGCACGGUGCACUACCACCUGGGCAGCCUGGCGCUGUCCGACCUGCUCACCCUGCUGCUCGCCAUGCCCGUGGAGCUGUACAACUUCAUCUGGGUGCACCAUCCCUGGGCCUUCGGCGACGCCGUCUGCCGCGGCUACUACUUUCUGCGCGACGCCUGCACUUACGCCACGGCCCUCAACGUGGCCAGCCUCAGUGUGGAGCGCUACCUGGCCAUCUGCCACCCCUUCAGGGCCAAGACGCUCAUGUCUCGCAGCCGUACCAAGAAGUUCAUCGGUGCCAUCUGGCUGGCCUCGGGCCUCUUGGCCGUGCCCAUGCCCUUCACCAUGGGCCAGCAGAACCGCAGCGCCGAUGGCCAUCACCCCGGCGGCCUGGUGUGCACGCCCGUAGUGGGCACCGCCACGAUCAAGGUCGUCAUCCAG